CAAACACCAACCCAACAACGAAUUGCAAAGGAAGAGAGAUAUGACAGCGACCAGGGAGUUGCCGCAGGCAGUUGCGCAUGCUGUCCUCAAUCACUAUAUCCCCCCUGAAGAGUUCCUUGGUGGUGGAGAAGAUGCGGAGAUCACCGAAGAUGCGGUGCGUGCGACGUUGGAUGCUAUUGAUGCGAAACGGACGGAAGUGAAGAAUCAAAUCGACGCUGUCAUCCAAGAGAACCCAGAAGAUUUUGCUGCUCAAUUGCGCGAUGCCCGGGAGAGCACGCGCAUACAUGACGAACUAAUUCGAGGCGCGGCACGGAUAGAGGAGUCAUACAAGGAGGGAGAGCAACGCUAUGCCGACCUCACACGAUGCACACAAAACUUAAGCACGCUUCAGUCCCAGUUUUCCGCGAACAACGAUAUCAUCGCGGCUUUGACGGCUCUAGGAGAAGCUCAUGCGAUCUUUCAGCAGGCUGUGGAGUCGCAUGACAACCAUGACUACGCCCACGCGCUAGAUAACCUGUCGAAGGUGGAAGAUAUGUUGUCGAACUUCAGACAUGGACAAGGCAGCGCCGUUGUUGGACAACUCCGCGCAAAGGCUUCUCAGCUACGAUCGGAUGUCAUUCGCGAUGUCAACUCGCUAUGGACCAGAAUGAUCGAAAUCACGGCGAGCAGGGUGACAAUCCUGUCGUCGGUGGAACUUGCCGAAGGCCGAACUUUGUCCUCCUCGGAGUUGGUCAACCUCAUCUCCACAAUCGAUAGUCCAGCACAGAAAAUUGAGACCACGUGCAAGCGGGUGGAAGAACAAAUUCUUAGGCCACUCUUCGCACAGCCCGGAUCCUUCGCCCUAUCUACUUCAACCAACACCCUCCAGCUCGAACCCUCCACCACCUCAGCAUCCUCAAUCGACAAUCUAUUGGAUGCUUUAACAGCCUUCACAGCCUAUGUGACCCAACACCUACCGAACGUCCUCCUUCCCCACGUCACUGUCCGGCUGACCCCCGACGUCACACGCCAGCUCCUCGCCCUACUCCCCAAGCACCUCCCACCACCUGCCCUCGCUAACAUACCGGAGUUCGACAGACUGUGUGAUCGCGUUCUUGCGUUCGAGGAUGAUUUACAAUCAAAGGGAUGGACGAAGGGUGGAGAAUUACAGGACUUCGCAGGAAGGGAGGACAGGGGAAUGGUAUGGUUUGCAAGGAGGAGAGAGCAGGUACUUGAUGAAGUCAGAAAGCUCAUGUUGACUGGAGAUAAGGGGACUGAGAAGGUAGAAGGUGUGGAGAGUCAGGAGAAUGUGGAAGCUGCUAUUAGGGAGAGUGAGGGUCCGGGUGGAGAGGCUGAAGAAGAGGACGAUGCGUGGGGGGAUGAGUGGGAUGAUGAGCCCGCCGCCGUGCCCGCAUCAGCACUAGCAGCACUAGCACUAGCACCACCACCCCAAGCUGCGGAUAUAAGUGCAAAUGAUGACGAUGGGUGGGGGUUGGACGAGGAGGUUGCUCCGCUAGAACCACCAGUUGAGGAGACAAAGGCCGAUGAAGAAGAGGAAGAGGAUCCAUGGGGUGACGCAUGGGAUGACGAGCCAGCACCACGCGCCAUUGCAGCUGCCGCGACUACGAAGCAACUUUCACUAAAAGCCGCAAAGAAACAAGGUCCCCUCGCAGGCGCAAGCACAAAACCAGCCGUGGGACUGCGCGAGACAUACCGUAUCACCACCCUCCCCAAAAAGCUUCUCUCACCCAUUCAGCAUCUCAUCGACGAAACAUCCGCUCUCUCACAUCAAUAUGCCGAAUCCCCUGUCGCUGGAGCGGUGAUGUCUUACCCAACCCUCCCAUCUCACAUCCUCGCACUCUGGCGUGCACUCAUCCCAGAGUCGGAGAAGACGAGUGCGAUGUUGAGGUAUAAUGAUUGCAUGUACAUCCACGAACAGCUCCAUAUCAUAUCUGAGGAGGAUAUCUUUCCUGGGUUCAACCUCGAUGAAGACGCGGAGAUGAUAAAGGAGUUGGGACAGAGGUACUAUAGUUUGGAACUCACCAAACAGCGUACCCACAUCGAAACUACCCUCGCCAGCGUCGACGGCUUUGGAUCCACUGCUGAGCCAGCAAACUACGCACAAGGCAAAACUGCGAUCGAUUCCGUCGUGGACUUGGUACGCAAGUUGGAAGGGGAGUGGAAGGGCGUGCUGAGACAGAGUGCGUUAUGGCAGAGUUUGGGCGUCUUGGUCGAUGCCGCUGUCGAGAAAUUCACGGCGGAGGUACAGGAUAUCAUCGACAUCUCUGAAGAAGAUUCAAAAAUCCUCGUCGAGUUCGCCACCUCCCUCGCAAGCCUCGAAGACCUCUUCAUCCCCUCCACAUCCGACUACAAUACCAGUACUGUUGCGUUUUACUGUGAGCAUUGGCUCAAGUUUAGAUACUUGGCCGAGUUGUUGGAAGCGAGCAUGGCGGAUAUUAUGUAUCUGUUCAGAGAGGGUGCGUUGAUUGAUUUCGAAAGGGAGGAGCUCAUUAGGCUUAUCGAGGCGUUGUUUGCGGACACGGAGGUUAGGAGGAGAAAUAUUGGGGAGAUUAGGAGGGGGUAAGGUGGGGUGUGGGGAGGUUUACGCGGACCGGAGUGAGGGGGACUAAGAUGCGCAUCCACCAAAACAUAGCAUUUUUUGUUACGACAUACAACUGCAAUCAUAGGAGAUCUCCUGG